CGCAAUCAAAAUUAUGACAUAGGUUGUGUUGUAUUUUUAGUAUAUGUUAGUAUACAUUAAUAAUGUCUAGAAAAUGUUUAAACUAUUAUUUAUAUUCGCAUUAUUGGCAGUCCUAUUAGCUGUGUAUUUCAAUGAUCUUACUAAUAAUAUCUUUGCCCUGUUUCAAUUACAGUAUUUAAAAGGAAAACAUUUGUUUACAGCUAAAGAACUUAGCUUUUACAAUGGGGUGAACACCCCAUUCCUCUACUUAUCAAUCCUUGGAAAUAUAUUUAACGUGACUAAAGGCGACAAGCAUUAUGGCGUCGGUCAAUCUUAUCAUAUAUUCGUUGGUCGAGAUGCAUCUAAAAGUUUUGUGACUGGGAAGUUUUCUAAAGCGGACGCAACUGACGAUGUCUUGAGCUUGAGUCAAAAAGAUCUAAAAUUGUUAAAUAAUUGGUUUGAAUUUUAUCAGAAAGAGUACCCAAAAAUAGGUAAACUCAUAGGUAGAUAUUAUGAUGAAAAUGGAAAAUUAACGCAUUAUGCUAGACAAGUUAGAAGGUUAAUCAGAGAGUCAGAAAUUGCUGAUAAUAAUAACCAAUUAAACAAAGUCAAAUUUCCACCCUGUAAUGUAGAAUGGGAUCCAGAAAAAGGAAGUAGAGUGUGGUGUACAAAUAAAAGUGGGGGGAUUGAAAGGGCCUGGGUGGGAAAACCAAGGCAGUAUUUUGAACCAGGCUCUAAAACCUACAGGUGUGCCUGUAUAAGUAAGGAAAAUGAAAAGUUGGGCAGUGUUAAACAAUAUGAAGGCUGUAAUAGUGACUCAGAAAGUUGUUUCAUCAAAGAUUAGAGUGUGUAGAUUACUAUUAGCUUGUAAUUUUUUCUUGGAAAGUGCUUAAAACAAUUAUAUUUUUUAAUUUGAAUAUUA